AUGAGACUAUCGGUUUCUCUUUUUAGGUGUUUGCACACUCCCACAAAGAUUCUACCUUUUGCGUUUAGAUCGGUCAGUGAGAUUCUGUUGCAAAUAUCAAAGCUUGUUCAUCUUCUCAACUUCUAUUUAUGUUCAUUUUCUCAGGCGUUGCUGCCUUUGUCUCAAAGGUGGCUCUGUAAAUUUUCUCCCAAGCUAUCACCAUUGGCAAACAUAUUAAAGGUUUCGAUCUUGACCAUGGCAAGCAGUCUCAAUGGAGGACAUGUUACCAUGGCUUCAGAGCCUCAGAGAAGUUACCAAGUUGUGGUAGCUGCGACCAAGGAAAUGGGGAUCGGUAAAGACGGAAAGCUUCCAUGGAAAUUGCCUUCUGAUCUCAAAUUCUUCAAGGAUCUAACUCUGACCACUUCGGAUUCCGGCAAGAAGAACGCUGUUGUGAUGGGUAGAAAAACGUGGGAGUCUAUUCCCACAAAGUAUAAGCCACUCUCUGGUCGCCUCAACGUUGUCUUAACUCGCUCAAGCGGUUUCGAUAUAGCCAACACAGAGAAUGUUGUAACUUGCCGUAGCAUAGAUUCUGCUCUGGAUUUAUUAGCUGCACCUCCGUAUCGUCUGUCCAUUGAGAAGGUGUUUGUGAUAGGAGGUGGUGAGAUAUUGAGGGAAUCGUUGAACAGGCCGAGCUGUGAAGCCAUCCACUUAACUGAGAUUGAUACAAGUAUUGGCUGUGAUACAUUUAUUCCCGAGAUUGACUCUUCUGCAUAUCAGCCUUGGUGUUCGUCUUUUCCAAUAUGUGAAAAUGGACUUCGAUUUUGCUUCACGACUUAUGUUCGUGUGAAGAGUUCCUCGGACGAGAGUGAUUCGUCAAAGGCCCUUCAAGUUGACUGGAAGAAGUUUUCUUCUUUCCUUCCUAAGAAGAUUUUUGAGCGGCAUGAGGAGUUUCUCUACUUGAAUCUGGUCGAAGGGAUCAUCUCAAAUGGAAACUUAAAGAACGACAGGACAGGGACUGGUACAUUAUCUAAAUUCGGUUGCCAGAUGACAUUCAAUUUGCGCAGGAGUUUUCCACUUCUGACGACAAAGAGAGUUUUCUGGAGAGGUGUUGUUGAGGAACUUCUAUGGUUCAUUAGCGGUUCAACCAAUGCAAAGGUACUUCAAGAAAAGGGUAUCCAUAUCUGGGAUGGGAAUGCGUCAAGAGCGUAUCUUGAUGGUAUUGGACUGACUGAGAGAGAGGAAGGUGACCUUGGACCCAUUUAUGGAUUUCAAUGGAGACACUUUGGUGCCAAGUACACAGAUAUGCAUGCUGAUUAUACAGGCCAAGGAUUUGAUCAGCUGUUAGAUGUAAUUAACAAGAUCAAGAACAAUCCUGAUGAUCGACGGAUUAUAAUGUCGGCUUGGAAUCCUCCUGAUCUUAAGCUGAUGGCACUUCCUCCAUGCCACAUGUUUGCACAGUUCUAUGUUGCAAAUGGCGAGCUUUCAUGUCAAAUGUAUCAGCGGUCAGCUGAUAUGGGUCUUGGUGUACCGUUCAACAUUGCCUCAUAUUCCCUUCUUACAUGCAUCCUCGCUCACGUCUGUGAUCUUGUUCCUGGUGAUUUUGUCCAUGUGAUUGGAGAUGCUCAUGUCUACAAAAACCAUGUCAGGCCUCUGCAAGAGCAACUUGAGAACCCACCGAAACCUUUUCCUGUUUUGAAGAUAAAUCCAGAGAAGAAACACAUAGAUUCCUUUGUCGCGGCUGAUUUUGAGCUCAUAGGCUAUGAUCCUCACAAGAAAAUAGAUAUGAUAAUGGCUGUUUAG